UUCUUGCAUGAGUGGAUCAAGAAACUUUAAGAUGGCUAAAGUAGAGGAUACAGGAAAUGGAGGCACACCAGUAGCCCAUAUUGAUUCUCCUGGAAAAUAUUCUCACUUAAAGCCUACUGUUGAAGAGAAAGGUCCUAUUCCUGAAAAAGCAGCAGGAAUGAAUUUUCUACAAACAUCCAGAUCAGAAUUAGACUUAGAAGUGACACCAGAGGAAGAGCAAGAAAGGCUUAAUGGAAGUGAAAAUAACCACCCACAGGUUGAAGAAGAGGAAAAGAUGCACAACAGUAGUGAAGUGGCUGUAAUAGAAAACGUGCACAAUGCUGACGCUGACGACAGCAAUGGAUUAAUUCAACAAAGGAAGCGCGAACAAACUGAUAAGCAGCCAUUCCCUGUUAUAGGGAGUGAAUAUUCUGAUAGAUCUACAGAGAAAACAUCGUAUGAAGAGAAAACAUUUAGUGAUGAAAACAAGGUCAAACAGAAAUUUAAUUCCAUGGAUGACCUUGAUGACUUAACUCAGUCAUCUGAAACAUUUUCGGAACAUUGUGAGUUGCCUUACUCCAACUGUAAGAAUUUCAUGUUGCUAAUUGAACAACUUGGCAUGGAUUGUAAAG